GGUCACAGAGCUAGGCUAGCAACCCAAACCAGCGAUGGCCCUCUUUGCUGCAUAGCGUAACACAUGCAAAGUCUAUGCUGAUUAUGCGAACCCGGUGUAGGGUAUACCCAAUGCUAAUUCUACGUGCUAUUCGGAUGAAGAAGAACGAAUGACACGAAAGCCGACUCUGACAGGACUUUGCUACGGAGGAUGUUUUUGGAGGAUUAUUUACUAUCAAUUCAGCCCAUUUUGAAGGAAAUAGUUUGAAAGGAGAGCAAUGAUGGUAAUAGGGAACAGUUAUCUGUAACAUUUUGAGCUCGUUGUUGGUGAAAUUUGACGAAAUUCUGAGGAUUUGAGUCGAAAUUGAUCAGGGGAUGUUUGGCGAUUUCAUCAAGUUGGAAGUGGAACUUGGAAGGAGAACCAGAACAGAAGACGUCGAUGAACUUGUAUCAUUCUAAAUCUCUUUUUAAAACAAUUCAUAGCACGAUAUGUUUUAGCUUGGUGACCCUUGUUAUUACGCAUCUGUGACCAAGAAUUAUUUUUUUAUAAUUGCACAUUUGAAAUUCAAUUCAGAAAGUGAUUGAUUGAUGAGUCGGAUUUUCUGGAAAAUUGUUGAAUUGAUACUUGAUAGAUCUAGAAUAAUUGAGUCUGGGCAGGUCUCAGGCUAGAUUUUAAAGUGAAAUUUCAAACAUCAGUACACAGAACAGUUAACAUAUUACUGAUAAACAUUGCCAGAAACAUUAUUUCUAAAUCAUCAAUGCAUCACCUUGAGCUGCCGCUGUGAACAUUGUGCAAUUUUGUCAUCUUGUUGGGCCACGAUGUCAUCUGGGUCAACAGCAGUCGACAAGAUAGACCCCUUUGCCAAGAAAUCUUUACGCAAGGGGAAGCAAAAGAAGUCACAAGGUUCUUCACAGUAUCGGUUGAGUAACAACACAGAGAUUCAGCAACUUAAUUUGCUGAAAGAUACACCCCCUCCAGAACAGCAAGAAUUGGUUGUCAAGAAGCUAGAACAGUGCUGCAUGGUGUUCGACUUUAUGGAUGCUGUAUCUGAGCUGCGAGGCAAGGAGAUCAAACGAGCAAGCCUCAAUGAGCUAGUGGAUUACAUCACUACUGGGAGGGGAGUCCUCACAGAACCCCUAUAUCCAGAAUGCAUUCAAAUGAUCUCAUGUAAUAUCUUCAGAACAUUGCCGCCCAGUGAAAACUCAGAUUUCGAUCCAGAAGAAGACGACCCAACGCUAGAAGCAUCAUGGCCUCACUUACAGCUUGUAUACGAAUUCUUCCUGAGGUUUUUAGAGUCACCAGAAUUCCAACCCAGCAUAGCCAAGAAGUACAUCGAUCAGAAAUUUGUGAUGCACCUGCUGGAGCUGUUUGACAGCGAGGAUCCCAGAGAGAGAGACUUCCUCAAGACAGUGUUGCAUCGAAUCUAUGGCAAGUUCCUUGGCCUCAGGGCGUUCAUCAGAAAACAGAUCAACCACAUAUUCCUCAGAUUUAUUUAUGAAACAGAGCACUUUAAUGGAGUUGGGGAAUUAUUAGAAAUUCUGGGAAGCAUUAUCAACGGGUUUGCACUGCCACUGAAGACAGAACACAAGCAGUUCCUUAUCAAGGUUCUCAUCCCAUUACAUAAAGUCAAAUGUUUGGGUCUCUAUCAUGCCCAGUUGGCGUACUGUGUGGUGCAAUUCCUAGAGAAAGAUGCAGCUCUCACAGAACAGGUUGUAGGGGGAUUACUAAAAUUCUGGCCAAAGACGUGUAGUGCAAAAGAGGUGAUGUUCCUUGGUGAAAUUGAGGAGAUUUUAGAUGUGAUAGAACCCUCACAGUUUGUCAAGAUUCAAGAAAUGCUCUUCAGGCAGCUAGCAAAGUGUGUUGCAAGUCCACACUUCCAGGUUGCAGAACGUGCCCUGUACUUCUGGAAUAACGAGUACGUAGUGAGCUUGAUAGAGGAGAACAUCCAGGCUAUCAUGCCCAUUAUGUUCACCAAUCUCUACAGGAUAUCCAAAGACCACUGGAAUCAAACUAUUGUUGCCUUGGUCUACAAUGUACUCAGGACACUGAUGGAGAUGAAUAGCAAGCUAUUUGAUGAACUCACUACCAGCUAUAAGGCAGAUAGACAAAAAGAGAAGAAGAAGGAGAAGGAAAGAGAUGAACUGUGGAAACGCUUGAGUAAACUGGAAAUGAACCAUCUAAAUAACCAAACCAACAGCAGUUAGACAUUAUUGACUUGUAGAAUGUAGACAUGGCAGUGGAGAUUUGUUGUGAGGACUUGCCACUGAAAUGCCAUCAGAGAGUCGGUCUUCUCUUCUCUGUGUUUCCCUCUGGGAAUGGAAGACCUGACUGAUGGAGGGAGCUUUGAUUCCCCCGUUGCUGCAUCGGGCGGGCGAAACCACAAAGUUUGGGCCAAAACCGAUAGUUUGCUGCUGUUUCAGUGGAAGUGCAUGAAUGUUGUUCGUUAUCUUUAUAUUUAUUUCUUAUCCAAUCGAGUGUCAAUGAACUCACAGUGAGCUAGCCUGGGAGGCUGGCUCCGUAGUAAAGAAGGACAAGUGGAGGAAAGCAGAGAUGAAAGCAGAGAUGAAAGCAAGUCAUACCAAUGUGAGACGCAUCCUGUUGGGAGGAUACCGGUAAAGAGGUUGGAAAUAUCACAGUCUACAUAAAAAAGAAGCUGCUCACUUUCUCUCUCUCCUAUACAUCUGUUUCCUCAGUUGAUUAGCAUGAAUAUCUCUGUCACCUUGCCUCUUUAUCACUAGAUUACCCUAUAGUUUCAUGUCUCUUUUAUGUGUGUUUGUCGUAGCUGAUGUCUACUAUAAUGAGCGGCAAUAGCUCGGUGGGUUUUUUAUUUUAAGGAAGAAAACAAUGUGUUCUCUUAAAAGACUGAUGUGGAACAUGUAUUUUAAAUGGAUAAUGUACUUAACAAAAUGAAAAGUUUCCUGUUUUACCUGUUACAUAUUUACUCCUAUUGGAGACUUCUUUUAUAUUCCUUCAUCUAAAAGCUCUUCUAGAAGUUACACUCUGCAUGCUUCUCCCUCCCUGUGGCUUAUGGGUAUGAUUUGAAUACAAGAGUACAGUACACUUAUCAACAGCUCAGCAGUGAAAAGAGAAUAUUACGAGGAGAAGCCAAAAAUGUCUGUACCUCAAACUAAAUUGGCACUAAACCCAUGCUCAAAGAUUCAUCUAAUUCAUAUUUUAAUGGCUAGCGAAUAUAGUUUGUAUUAUUCCUAAGCUUUAUUAAUGGGUUUAAUUACUUUGUGAUUGACUUUGUGAUUAAUCAGCCAUAGACGAUCUAGAGUUUACAUUGUGUUUGUUUGUACAGAUAGACUAAAUUAUUCUCCAGAUUUAUAAAAUUCUCUCUUUUCUUCACAUCAUGUCAGUGGUUGUGUUUAUUGUGGCUAGGAUUUUGAAGCAAUUGUUCCAGGAAUGAUAUGCUUGAUAUUUUUUCUGAAAUAAAUCUUCUGUUUCCGAUUCACAAUGUCUAUCAUUGACAUACUACUUGUAUAAUUUCUGUGCUGGAAUAUUAGCAGAUAUGUUACAAGAAAGUAGAAACAAUAUUGGGUUA